GCAGCCGGGCGGAAGCGGCGGCGGCGGCGCUGAGGGAGCGCGGCUGGCAGGCAUUUCAUCUGGCAAGAAUGGGUGAGCCUCAGCAAGUGAGUGCCCUUCCUCCGCCUCCCAUGCAAUAUAUAAAAGAAUAUACUGAUGAAAAUAUCCAUAAAGGCCUGGCUCCAAAGCCACCUCCGCCUGUGAAGGACAGCUACAUGAUGUUUGGGAAUCAGUUCCAGUGUGAUGAUCUGAUCAUUCGGCCCCUGGAGAGCCAGGGCAUUGAACGGCUGCAUCCUAUGCAGUUUGAUCACAAGAAGGAGUUAAGGAAACUUAACAUGUCUAUCCUGGUCAACUUUUUGGACCUCUUGGAUAUCUUGAUAAGGAGUCCAGGGAGUAUAAAGCGAGAGGAGAAACUGGAAGACUUGAAACUGCUUUUUGUCCACGUCCAUCACCUUAUAAAUGAGUAUCGCCCUCACCAAGCCAGGGAGACACUGAGGGUCAUGAUGGAGGUGCAGAAGCGCCAGCGCCUGGAGACCGCGGAGCGAUUCCAGAAGCACCUGGAGCGAGUCGUGGAGAUGAUCCAGAACUGCCUGGCUUCCCUGCCUGAUGAUCUGCCUCAUGCAGAGGGGGGACUGAGAGUGCAAGUGGAACCCAUGGAUACUGAUGAUGGCAGCAACUGCAUUGGACAGAGCGAAAAGCAGAGGGAGUGUUCUGGAGGCAAGAGAGAUCAGGUUUUGGACAAAGAUGCAGCCAUGUGCAGCAUUAUUGACGAAAUGACAUGAAGAGAACACCUUGUUUUGUUAAUGUACCACAGUGAGAGGCAGAAGGGGUUCUGAGGCUACAUGUUGUAUUUUGUUUUGCUGUUGUAUAAGCAGACAAAGCUUUCGUUGUACACCUGUUGGAGGCUGUGAGUGACUGGGCAGAUGAAAAUGUUUAAUGUUUUGUGACCUGUGUUUUUUUUGUAGAAACGAAAAAGUAUAAUUUUUGUUAAAUGUAUCAUGUGAGGUGGUAGGCACAGAUUAAAGUUGGUUUUUCCUGUUGUA